AUGGAAGAACAACAAGCUGCACCGGCUCUUGCGACAGCCUUUCCUGCUCCUCCUCCAUACUGGCAGUCAUUCACGUCAGAGAAUCUGGACCGCCUAGCAGAGCUUCGUGCCGCUCAGAACCCGGCAAAAAGAACCUACGACCCAUCUACUGAGCUGCCUCUGCGCAUUUUGGAUCUUCCAGCUGAGCUACGAUGGCUCCAGCCACCGGUACAGCCCCAAGAGGGGAAAUAUAAGUGUUUCGGUGAUUCCUAUAACCUCCAGGAUCCGCUUCCCUCCCUUGUGGAGAUGGGCAUAGAGCAACUGUACACACCUCCUGAUUCACCAACUAUCAGCGGCGUUGAGAAACAUACCGAUCGUGCGUUCAUUCUCAAAAAACUCAUCAAAUCUCUGAUCUUGAACUACCUGGAAUUGGUGGGAGUCUUGAGUGUCAAUGCGGAGCAUUAUGUUGAAAAGACCACCGACCUCAACACUCUAUUCACAAACUUCUACCAUCUCCUAAACGAAUACCGGCCCCACCAGGCAAGGGAGAGUUUGAUUCUCAUGAUGCAAGACCAACUGGACAGAUGUCGCGCAGAAACACAGGGGAUAAGGGACAUGAAAGCAAAAGUGGAGGGCAUUCUGGAGGGUUUAGGCCAGGCAAAACUGGCCGAUAUUGGAGAGGCAGACACCACGAGCAAGGAGGAUUCGGAAGGAAAGGAAGUUUGGGACGAGUUGGCAAGGGAGUUCAAUUGA